ACAUCAGUAGAAAACGUUCGAAUCCAAGGAUUUUCAAUCAAGUGUUGACUGUUUGUGUUGUGGAGCUACAAUCAUUUCGUUUGCAUGGUUUUGUAGACCACCUUCUAGCUCACAGGACUUCUUGUGUCCAUGUAGCUUUCACCUACGAACAUUAUUAUUAUUUCCGGCAGUAUAGUGGGACCAGGCUAGAUAGGAGCACUGCCCCCCAGACCUGAAAAUGAGCACUGAAAUAGAUCUUGGAGACCCUGCAGCUGAUGGGUUCGGUACAGCUAACUCAGGAGCCACAGAUAGCAGGUCUGGCACAGAUGGAGACCAUCUGACACAGCGCAUCCAGGGAGAAGUGGCAAAUCAAGUUGCCGGACAGGUGUGGCAGGCCGGCAAGCAGUCAGCUCGGCGUGUUUUCGACGUCUAUGGUAACGUUGACUUCCUGAGACCCUACUUUGAUGUUGAGCCCUGGCAAGUAAGAAGGCGUCUCUUCUGGUCACUCAUCCCCCAGCGGCCAACUGGCGAUCCACAACCACUGGACACGGAGCUGUACGGCCCUGUGAUGCUCGUCUUCACAUUGGUUGCUAUCCUGGUGUAUGGCAUGAAGUCAGCCGAUCACGUUGUGCAAGAGGGUACGCUGAUGGGAACGGCCAUUGGUAUCUCCUUCCUCUACUUUGUGGGCACGGCGUCUCUGUUCUUCUUCCUCGCCUACUUGCUCAACGCGCAAAUCACUCUCAUACAGAUGCUGUCGCUUACGGGCUAUGGACUAUUUGGUCCAUGUGUAACACUGUUCUUGGCAAUCGUCAUUCCUAGCCAAACGGAAAAAAUGUUCUAUUCCUUUUGGCUAGUCCUUUGUGGCUUGUCAGCUCUGAAAAUGGCCUGUGCCAUCGUGUCACGUACCUACACACGCAAGCAAGCACUGGCGUUGAGUGCAGUGGUGAUAGUCAUUCACAUGCUCUUCGUUCUCUACCUGCACUUCUCCUACGCACAUCUCUACCAAGCUAUAUCACAACCUCUGGCUGCUGGACCCGUGGUGCCAAGACCGAUGGCGCCGCACGCCGCUGAGCACACACGUGCAGCAGUGACUCAGGCCACGGCAGCGCUUGCCAAGGACGUGCUCCACUCCAAGAUGUCGAACAAAUUGCAGGCCAAGAUGAUGGCCAAACUUGCCGUGCAACAGCAGCUGGUGACUCGUGCCAUGGCAGCAGCUCACACUUGAUGUCAUCUGCGUGAACCAGAACCAGUGUUUAAAGUAACCUACUUUACCCCGAUAUGUUCUUCCACCGUUGACAUUCGGCCUUUUGCCCUGUAUCAUUGAUAACGGAGCACUGCUGUCGGGAAUCAGGAAGUUGGACUCUGAGUUAGUAGUACCGACUUGUCUCUCCUCCCCGUGCUCUCUUUGUCCUGCCGACACCCACCCACCACAACAAAGAGUCGGUAUGGUCGUUGACAGCGUCGUACGGUAACAGCCUGUGCAGGUUUCUCGCUCUCAUUGAGAUAGCUGCGCCGUGCCCAUACUACACACAGUACCGUUUGAGUUCGAACUUGAAGUUUUUUAGUAUUUGUAUGUGCACAUGCACCCUAGUAUCAUCCAAGCUACUACAUUUAGGAUCAGGGAGUAGUAUGUUUACUACUCCCUGUUGAGAAUAGCUGUUAUGCAAGUGCAUGGUACUAUUUACUUGAAGUAGCAGUCCUACUCCUACUCCUACUCGCCCACAGUGGUAUUCUUUUUUUAAGAGACGUUUUUAACCAAAGCUUGUCAACUCCAUCAUUAUCUUUAUCAUGUUCUCAUGCUGUACAAUGAGUCACCACGCUGCCUUUUUGAGUUGGUCAUUCUCAUGGUUGUACUGGUUCAUACUUAUUCGAAUGUCAUUCUUGUACCACGAG